AUGCACGAUUUGAUUCACGCGUUGCUUCCUCGGGAGGAUGAUAAUGGAGCCUCUCACGGUCGACGGGCAUUGGUGGUGACUGCGGUGCUAACCACCAUCUCAAUCGUCAUUGUCGCAAUGCGGUUUUAUGCACGACUUGGAUUGAUGAAAAUCACCGGUCGUGAAGAUUGGGCUAUUCUGAUCUCGUUGAUAUUUUCCAUUAUCUACCUCGCACUCGUUGCUGCCCAAUUACAUUAUAAGAUGGGUGUCCACUCAGCACUUCUUUCCAGUCAUGUCUUGCAGCAACAGCUUAAGUGUUUGUGGGCUGCGAUUCCCAUGUACAACGCCAGCUUGGCAUUCACGAAAUUCUCCAUUCUUUUCCAAUAUCUGCGCAUCUUUCCCGGCAAACCUUUCCGCCUCGCCUGUUAUGCCAUGAUGGCAAUCGUGGCUACCUACUCGUCAUGGGCCUUCGUGAGCGGCUUCGUGAACUGUGUCCCCGUGGCCAAAUUUUGGAACAAGGACUUGCCCGGCAACUGUCUCAGCUUCGAGGCUCUCUGGUUCUUCAAUGCUUCAAUGAACAUUGUUACCGAUAUAGCGCUACUAGUGUUGCCCAUGCCGCUCCUUUCCAAGCUACAGCUGCCCCGCACGCAGAAGAUCGCCCUAAUGGGCGUCUUCGCUAUCGGUAUUUUAGUUGUGGUCACCAGCAUCCUCCGGCUAUCUAGUCUACGUGAAGUUGCAAAAAGUCCCGACACUUCCUAUAGCAAUGUCGGAGCCGCCUACUGGACCGCCGCAGAAUGCAAUGUCGCCAUAAUGUGCUCCUGUCUUCCAUUCUUGCGACCAAUUAUCAGCCGCAUCUUCCCCAGGCUUCUCUCGGCAGGAAGCUCAAAUCGCUAUGCUGCCAACAAAACCACAGUCACGAACCUCACCGGAACUCGCAAUCUGACACGUCAUACUCAGCUCUAUAGCCAGAACCAGGAUAAAGACUAUGAUAUGUAUUCGAUCAAUGUUAAGCCUGGUGACCACUCCAGCCACAGUUCGCUUGGCGGCAUCGAGGUUACCACCGAGAUGAGUGUUAUGCAGGAGGCGACUUCGAAGAAGAGCAGUGAGCAUACCCUUGUUAUGGAUGCGUGA